AUGCCGGAAGAACUCGACAUCAAUGGAGACGAGGUCUCGGAUGCCAUGUCUGAGAACGAGAAUGACUACGAGAACGACGCCGCCAUGAAAGACGAAGACGACACCAUGGCAGACUCAACCCUUGCUUCAGAGAUCGGUGCUGAUGGCUCCGAGAUCAAGAAGAAGUAUGAUCCCAAGGACCCUUUGCGGCCAAGAAGGAAGAAGGCUCGUAGAGCUUGUUAUGCUUGCCAAAGAGCCCAUUUAACAUGCGGCAUGGGCCAGACCUUGUUUGACCCCAGCAACCCUGCCAUCUUCAACUUCAAUCUCGAGGCCCUCAAUUUUGGCAGCCAGUACGGAGGACUAGAAUUUGCAAUGCUUGGGCACAUGUCCUCAGGUGCUGCGGAGACCCCUCCGCGCGACCCGUCCUUGUCUCAGCAAGGGAGUGGAGAUGUCAACUUCGGCUCAGGAGUUUUUGGUAAUGGUGUAAACCAAUUCGACACCGGUAUGAUCGGCGACUUUUUGUCUACAGACCAGUCAGGCAAUGGCCUAUACUCCCAAGGCAAUCUCCGGCACGGUCUCCCUCAUGCUUACGCCAUUGCAGCAGGUCCGACAAGCCUUCAAAGCCCCAGUACGGAAAACAACAGCCCACAACCCAGCAACAACUUUGGUUUUGAGGGAUCGCCUACCACGACCAAUUUUGGUCCGCCGCCUCGACCGAAAUCCAAACCGGCGCCGCCCAAGUUCGGCCCACAGUCCAUCCUCAGCAAACGCUCACGGGAUCCCACCUCUAUUUACGAGACGGUCAAAGAACCUUUCCAAUACGUUACCGGUUUCCAUCGGCUUUUCGCAAUUCUGCAAGAGAGAUACCAUGGAAACAAAAUCAUUCGCAUCGCGAAAGCACUGGGCAGCAUUCGGCCGUCAUUCAUUUCAUGUACCCGCACACUCAGCCGGCCUGACCUGGUCUUCAUGGAGAAGUGCUUUCAAAGAACGCUUUUUGAAUACGAGGACUUCAUGUUGUCUAUUGGCAGCCCGUGUCUUGUUCUACGACGGACUGGCGAAGUUGCAGCUGUGAACAAAGAGUUCUCAGCCCUUACCGGCUGGUCCAAGGAUAUCCUUCUGGGCAAAGAAGCGAAUCUCAAUGUCAAUACCGGAAGCGCCGGGACAUCAGGAACCAACUCGGGACGGGGCGGUCUCAACACUCCAAAGCUUAGAAGUUUGAAUGCAGAUGCGGCUAAGGCAUCGGAAGGCAAGCCGCAGCCUAUUUUCAUCGCAGAACUGAUGGACGAUGAUAGUGUGGUUGAAUUCUAUGAAGACUAUGCGCAUCUUGCCUUUGGUGACAGCCGAGGAAGCGUUACGAGGAAGGGCCGUCUUCUCAAGUAUCGUACACAAGAAAACCUGGACAGUUCGGCCAGCGCUGCGUCCACUGAUGAGUCACCCAAAGACCCUCGCAGCAGCAUUCUCAGCCAUAGAGUCGCUCGCAUCGACGGCGAGCAUGGCAUUUCAAAGAUUGAGAGGGAUGGCAAGCUUGAAUGCACAUAUUGUUGGCAUAUUCGGCGUGAUACUUUCGAUAUUCCUAUGAUGAUUGUUAUGAAUUUCCUUCCUUGUUAUUACCCCAACCAGGAACCGCAUCAGCUUGCAGUUUGA